AUGUUCGAUGAGAAAGGCCACUCCACACCAAACUACAUCAGUUGUCAGCACCAUGUGCUAGAUCGCGGUCUUCACAUUAUCAUGGACGAUGAACUCCAUGGGUCGAUUAAAUUACCAAACAUAGAGAACUUCUCUGAGCAAGAUUUGAAGAGCAAUUAUGACCAAUUGAAAGUACCCUUCAGCAAUGGUAAAACUGUGAUUAAGGAAACGGGGGGUUGCAGAGACGAUAUGAAGUUUCUUUCCACAUCACCCAUCAUUUCACUGAGAGAAAAGUUACAUGAAAUAGAGGCCUUGCUGGACCAAUUGGAUAAAAGAGUCGCAAGUCUGGAAGAGCUGGAGUAUUUUUCUGAAAACGUACAGAAAACGGCAAAGGUAAUAGCGAAGAUAUACUUUGUCGUCUACGUAGGCACAGGUGUGUCUGGCAUUCUUACUGUGUUGAUGAAUUCAGAGCGUAGACUAAUGUACCCGGCUUGGUUUCCUUUCGAUUGGAAUUCCUCCUUAUUGGUAUAUCGUUUGACAUUAUUCUAUCAGGCUUUUGGAGUCACUGUGCAAAUUGUACAGAAUAUGGUCAACGACAUAUUUACUCCAGUGAUGUUAUGCUUAAUGGCAGGCCAUGUGCGGCUGCUGGGAAUGCGAUUGCGAAAGAUUGGCAAUGAUCAAAAGAGAAACUCGAACCAUCACCUAGAGGUUUUGAAAAACUGUAUGGAAAAUCACAUACAACUGAGACAGCUCUUCAAAACAGCAGAAGAUUCAUUGUCCUUAGUUCAACUGUUGCUUUUUAUUUCCAGUGGCCUAAACAUUUGUGUGACGCUGGUCUAUCUGCUUUUCUAUGUGAACUCUUUUGUGGGAGUCCUCUACUAUACCAUAUUCCUCACAGCCAUUACCAUGGAAGUAUUUCCCAUUUACUUCUAUGGCAGUGUAGUGCAGCAGGAGUUUGAAGAUCUGACCUAUGCCAUGUUCUGCAGUAAUUGGAUUGAGCAACCGCAAAUUUUUCGCCGGAACAUGCUAAUCUUUCUACAAAAUACUUUGCCCAAAAUGAGAAUGGUUGGAGGUGGCAUAGUGGGCAUCCAAUUGGACACAUUCUUUUUAAUUUGCCGAAGCACUUACUCCAUAUUUACGCUGAUAAGAAACAUAAACAGGGAUAACUAG